AUGACUCUGUAUGAUGACACACUUCUCUGUAACUUCCCCAAGUGUCGGGGAAAGCUCAGUGGUUUUGCUUGGGUCACAGCGUGCUCCCAUGUGUUCUGCGACCAGCACGGCUCUGGAGAGUUCAGCUGCUCUCCUGCCAUCUGCCCGGCUUGCUCCUCCGCUCUGUCUGGCAAACUGGACAUAGUUCGCACUGAGCUGUCCCCCUCAGAGGAGUAUAAAGCCAUGGUCCUGUCAGGUCUGCGGCCUGACGUAGUUUUGGACAUCAGUGCACGAGCCCUUGCUUUCUGGAGAUAUCAGGUUCACCAGGAGCGUAUGUAUCAGGAAUACAGCUUGUCAAGGGCUGACGCUCAGCUCAAGCAAAUGGAUAAAGUUUUGACACAACAAAAUCAGAGCAGAGAGUUGGAGCUCACAGCCAUGAGAGGAGAAAUAGCAUCUUUAAAAAAGGUGAUGGAUGAGUACAAAAGGAAGUACAGUGAGGUCUCUGAAAGGCUGAUGGAGAGAAACAGGCAGUAUCAAAAACUCCAGGGGCUUUAUGACUCACUCAGGCUGAGAAACAUGGUGGGCACAGGAGACAAAGAGACAUCUCACCAGGAACAUCAUGACUUCAACACAGGAAUGGGGCGACUCAGAACUCCCCAGAGGAGCCCACAGUUCCUCACUACGGGCCAAGACGGGGUCAGUAGGUUCUUCUCGUGCCUUGAGCAGGAUGGAGCAAAGUCGUUCUUUCAGUUCGGCACUCCUAUGAAGGACAGGGCACGUACUCUUGUCAAGAAACACCAGGGCUAA